CAUUGGCAGUGGCCUUCGGAGUCCAUGCAAAUCCUGCAGCUCCCGCCGAUGCGUCGAUUGGUCCGCGCGCGUAGAGUCAGAAUCAUUGAACUCUGGCUCUCAUUGGCCGCGCUACCUUGACGUAAAAGUGACGCGGGGCGGGUUCUGUGCUGAGUGAGCGGUAUCCCUCAGGUCGGGACUCCUCGCGUGGGUGGCGGCGGAUUGGGCGACCCCCUGGACCAGCACUGGAUCCACGAGACCUCGGGUUCCGCUGGGCACCGGCAGCCCGAUCGCUGGAUCCACGGUGCGGGACCUGUUCCGUAGCGUGGAUCUCGUGCCCGUCUCCUAGAUGGUGCAGGGAGUCCCGGAGACCCACGUGAGGUUGGACAGGCAGCAUGGAUGACUGGCACAGAGCCUUCACCCAGAACACACUGGUCCCUCCCCACCCGCAGAGAGCGCGGCAGUUUGGGAAGGAGUCCACGGCGUUCCAGUGCAUCCUGAAGUGGCUUGAUGGGCCACUCAUUAAGCAGGGAAUCCUAGACAUGCUGUCUGAGCUUGAAUGCCACCUGCGAGUGUCUCUCUUCGACGUCACCUACAAACAUUUCUUCGGGAGGACGUGGAAAACCACAGUGAAGCCCACCAAUCAGCUCUCUAAGCAGCCACCCAGGAUCCUCUUCAAUGAGCCCUUGUACUUCCACACAACCUUGAGCCACCCCAGCAUCGUGGCUGUAAUAGAAGUGGUCGCUGAAGGCAGGAAGAGGGACGGUGCCCUGCAGGUGCUGUCCUGUGGGUUUGGAAUUCUUCGAAUUUUUGGCAAUAAGCCGGAAUCUCCCACCUCUGCAGGCCAGGACAAACGGUUGAGGCUGUAUCAUGGUACCCCCAGAGCCCUUCUGCACCCACUUCUCCAGGAUCCCAUAGAACAGAACAGGUACAUGACAAUGAUGGAAAACUGUAGCCUGCAGUAUACCCUGAAGCCACACCCGCCCCUGGAGCCCGCCUUCCACCUGCUCCCCGAGAACUUCCUGAUCUCCGGUCUCCAGCAGAUCCCUGGCCUCCUCCCACCUCAUGGAGACACGGGUGAUGCCCUGAGGAAGCCUCGCUUCCAGAAGCCCACCACAUUGCACCUAGAUGACCUCUUCUUCACCCUGUACCCCUCCCUGGAGAAGUUUGAGGAGGAACUUGUGCAGCUGCUCAUCAGCGACCACUUCCGGGAGGGGGUUGGCCUGCUAGAUAGCGGCACCCUAGAGGUCUUGGAGCGGCGCCUGCAUGUCUGUGUCCACAACGGUCUGGGCUUCGUGCACAGGCCACAGGUGGUUGUGCUUGUACCUGAGAUGGACAUGACCUUGACGCGCUCGGCCAGCUUCAGCAGGAGAAUCACUGCCUCUUCUAAGAGCAGCUCUGGAAAUCAGGCUCUGGUUUUGAGAAGCCACCUGAGACUCCCGGAGAUGGUCAAUCACCCAUCGUUUGCCAUCGUCUUCCAGCUGGAGUACGUGUUCAACAGCCCCUCAGGAGCGGACGGCAGUGCCAGCUCAUCCACCUCUCUGUCCAGCUUGGCGUGCAUGCACAUGGUUCGAUGGGCUGUUUGGAACCCCGAUCUGGAAGCAGGCCCGGGAAAGGUGACGCUGCCUCUUCAGGGUGGGGUACAGCACAACCCCUCACGAUGUCUGGUCUAUAAGGUGCCUUCGGCUAGCAUGAGCUCUGAGGAGGUGAAGCAGGUGGAAUCCGGAACCAUCCAGUUCCACUUCUCACUGAGCUCAGAUGCCCUUACAGAGCAUGCCAACGGCCCCAGGGCAGGGCGGCGCUCCACCAGAAAGGCACUAACGUCCCCUUCAGGCACACCAGCACUGGCAGCCCGGGAUCUUGCUGCGAUACAGGACUCUCCUGUGGGCCCAGGGCUCUCGCUCUCCCAGCUGGCGGCCUCCCCACAGUCUCUGGCCUCACAAAGAUCUUUCAAGCCUCCUCCUCAGCCCCUGGAUGGCUCUCAGUCCCCAGAGGGUCCCCAGCUCCAAGCAGGAUCUGUAUUAGAGAGCAGGAUCUCUCAUCUGGAAGCUGACCUGAGCCAGCCGCCCUUCUCGGUGCAGGGGACGCCCACUGUAGAACACCUACAGGAACUUCCCUUCACUCCUUUGCAUGCCCCCAUUGUGGUGGGAGCCCAGACCAGGAGCUCCAGAAGCCAGCUCUCCAGAGCUGCCAUGGUCCUCCUGCAGUCUUCCGGCUUCCCUGAGAUCCUUGAUGCCAGGCAGCAGCCGGUGGAGGCCGUCAAUCCCAUGGAUCCUGUGAGGUUCAACCCUCAGAAGGAGGAGUCAGACUGCCUUCUAGGGAAUGAGAUCGUGCUGCAGUUUCUUGCCUUCAGCAGAGCGGCCCAGGACUGCCCGGGAGCGCCGUGGCCACAGACUGUGUAUUUCACCUUCCAGUUCUACCGUUUCCCACCCGAGACCACGCCACGCCUGCAGCUGGUCAAACUGGACAGGACAGGCAAGAACGGCUCUGCCUCCCUGUCUCACAUCCUGGUCCACAUCAAUAAAGACGGCUCCUUUGACGCUGAAUUAAUGAUCGCGCUUCCUCAGGAAGAUGAAGGCAGAGGCCGCAGUCUGGCUACCAUGUUAGUCAGCUCGAUGGGCUCCCCUGGCUUCCAGCUGAGGUACAUGGUGGAUCCCGGGUUCCUGAAGCCAGGAGAGCAGCGCUGGUUCGCCCAGUACCUGGCCGCUCAGACGCUGCAAGUCGACGUCUGGGAUGGAGACUCCUUGCUCCUCAUUGGGUCUGCCGGCAUCCAGAUGAAGCACCUCCUCCGCCAAGGGCGGCCAGCUGUUCAGGUCUCACAUGAACUGGAGGUCGUGGCCACUGAGUACGAACAGGAAAUGAUGGUGGUGAGCGGCGACGUGGCGGGCUUCGGCAGCGUCAAGCCCAUCGGAGUCCACACGGUCGUGAAGGGCCGGCUGCACCUGACCUUGGCCAACGUGGGUCACGAGUGUGAACCGAGAGCAAGAGGUUCCAACGCGCUGCCACCAUCCAGGUCCCGGGUCAUCUCAAAUAAUGGAGCCAGCUUCUUCUCUGGGGGAAGCCUCCUCAUACCAGGAGGCCCCAAGCGAAAGCGUGUGGUUCAAGCCCAGAAGCUGGCUGAUGUGGACAGUGAGCUGGCCGCCAUGCUGCUGACCCACACUCGAGCUGGCCAGGGGCCCCAGGCUGUGGGCCAGGAGGCAGACGCUGUGCACAGGCGCAAGCUGGAAAGGAUGCGGCUGGUGCGCCUGCAGGAGGCCGGAGGGGACUCUGACAGUCGCAGGAUCAGCGUGCUGGCCCGACACAGUGUCCGUGCACAGCACUCACGGGACCUGCAGGUCAUCGACGCCUACCGGGAACGGACCAAGGCUGAGAACAUUGCCAGCGUGUUGAGCCAGGCCAUCACCACACACCACACACUGUAUGCCACGCUGGGCACGGCUGAGUUCUUCGAGUUUGCACUUAAAAACCCACACAACACUCAGCACACGGUGGCCAUCGAGAUUGACAGCCCUGAGCUCAGCAUCAUCCUGGACAGCCAGGAGUGGAGGUACUUCAAGGAGGCCACUGGCCUGCUCACACCCCUGGAGGAGGACAUGUUCCACCUGCGUGGGAGCCUGGCACCCCAGCUCUACCUGCGGCCCCGGGAGACUGCCCACAUCCCCUUCAAGUUCCAGAACUUCUCUGUGGGCCCACCUGCUCCGACACAGGCCCCUGCGGAGGUGAUCUCAGAGAAGGAUGCAGAGUCUGGACCCCAUUGGAAGUGCAGUGCCAUGCCUACCAAACACGCCAAGGUCCUUUUCCGGGUGGAGACCGGCCAGCUCAUUGCUGUGCUCUGCCUGACCGUGGAGCCCCAGCCCCACGUGGUGGACCAGGUUUUCCGUUUCUACCACCCAGAACUCACCUUCCUGAAGAAGGCCAUCCGCCUGCCGCCCUGGCACACGCUUCCAGGUGCUCCCGUGGGGAUGCCUGGCGAGGACCCCCCAGUCCACGUUCGAUGCAGCGACCCGAAUGUCAUCUGCGAGGCCCAGAACGUGGGCCUUGGUGAGCCGAGGGACGUGUUCCUUAAGGUGGCCAGCGGUCCAAGCCCGGAGAUCAAAGACUUCUUUGUCGUCAUCUAUGCGGAUCGCUGGCUGGCGGUGCCCGUGCAGACAUGGCAGGUCUGCCUCCACUCCCUGCAGCGCGUGGAUGUCUCCUGUGUCGCAGGGCAGAUGACCCGUCUGUCCCUCGUCCUACGGGGGACGCAGACCGUUAGGAAAGUGAGAGCUUUCACCUCCCACCCUCAGGAGCUGAAGACAGACCCCGCUGGUGUCUUUGUGUUACCACCUCACGGGGUGCAGGACCUGCAUGUGGGCGUGAGGCCAAGGAGGGCGGGCAGCCGCUUCAUCCAUCUCAACCUGGUGGACGUCGACUACCACCAGCUGGUCGCGUCGUGGCUCGUGUGCCUGUCCUGCCGCCAGCCCCUCAUUUCCAAGGCCUUCGAGAUCACCAUGGCAGCAGGCGAAGGGAAGGGUGCCAACAAGCGGAUCACCUACACCAACCCCUACCCUUCUCGGAGGACCUACCGUCUGCACAGUGACCGGCCAGACCUGCUGCAUUUCAAGGAGGACUCCUUCCAGGUGGCCGGAGGGGAGACCUACACCAUCGGGCUGCGGUUCUUGCCGAGUGGCAGCGCCGGGCAGGAGGAGAUCCUGAUCUACAUCAAUGACCAGGACGACAAGAAUGAAGAGACAUUCUGUGUGAAGGUCCUCUACCAGUGAGGGGAUGGCUGUGAGGCCAGCGCCCCUUCCAGAGUGCCCCUCCCUGCAGACAUCACUGUGACUCCAGGACUGGUCUGCGUAGCCCAUGGAGCUGACUGAGUGCAGGGAGACAAAGGCUACCCUCGCCAUGGUGUAGCAUAAUCCCAUGAGCGAAUGUGACCUCCGGGGUCACGGCAGUGGCUCACUCUGCCUAUGGCACUCACAAGGUUGUGUCACACCCCAUGACUCUCAGGCUGUCACCGUCUAGAACAAACUGUUUUAUAAAUCAUUUCCAAUGACAAAAUUAUGUUUUUCUUUCUAGAUUUUUAAAAAAUGAACACAAUAUAUUUUCAUUUGCUAUGUAUUUUAUACUGGAAUUCCCUUGUAUAUAUAUUUUUUAAGUUAUUGAAUGAAGCACCUCACUUCGGC